AUGGAGUUCAGCGCCUCAUCUGUGUUUGACCAGCAGAAAGAUUCUGCUGAAGAAGUGGAUCUUAACGUUGUUUACCAAGCAGCCGCCAAUGGGGACGUCAACACAUUAACAGCAACCAUACGGGAAGAUCCCUCCAUUUUGGAGUACUGUGAUGGUGAAGGCUCCACCCCUUUGAUGCAUGCGGUGUCGGGGAGGCAGGUGGACACGGUGAAACUCCUGCUGAAGAUGGGUACCUCCAUCAAUACCCAGGAUGCCUGUGGAAGGACUUCGCUCUCCCUAGCGACAUAUCUGGGGUGGCUCGAAGGCUGCGUGUGUUUGCUGCGAAAUGGAGCCAAGCAGAACAUCCCCGAUAAAAACGGUCGCCUGCCUCUUCACGCAGCGACCGCUGAGAUCGACCUCAAACUCAUGGCAGUCCUGCUGCAGCAAUCGACUGCGUGUGAAAUCAACCACCAAGACAACGAGGGCAUGACUGCUCUUCAUUGGGCAUCUUUCCACAACCGUCCUGAGCAUGUGCAGGCUCUCCUGCAGAAAGGGGCGGAUCCCACACUCGUGGACAAGGACUUCAAGACAGCCCUCCAUUGGGCAGUGCAGAGUGGCAGCAGAUUCAUGUGUUCUCUCAUCCUGGAGCACCGCCUGGGCUCCUCGGUCAUCAACUACGACGACGAAAACGGCAAGACCUGCGUGCACAUCGCCGCUGCCGCUGGAUACAGCGACAUCCUCUAUGAGUUGGCGCGCUUUGCCGAGACCAACCUGCAGGCCCUGGAUGUGGACGAACGAACCCCUCUUCAUUGGGCGGCAGCAGCGGGGAAGGAGGACUGUGUCCAGGCCUUACUGCAACUAGGGGUGGAGACGGGGCCCAGGGAUAUCAACGAGAACACACCGCUCACAUAUGCAAUGUACUGUGGCCACACUGCCUGCAUCAAGCUCCUCUCAGCUGACAACAGUGACCCAUCCCAGCUGUCUUCUCAGGGGAGUGAUCCGUCCCAGAAGAAGGAGGGCAAGUUCCGCAUGCUCAACCAGAUCUUCUCCUGCAAGAGGAAGGAGCACUACACGGCCCGCCAAAGAGAGCUGGGCCGCGACGGACACCUGAGGGAGGAGACCUCAGAGGUGGAUGACAUCAUCACCAUGUUCGAUUGUCUGGCUGACUCCUCUUCGGCCAAGGAGCUUGAAAACGAACGCUCCAAAGUCAGGAAACGGCCUUCGGUCGAAGCAGCGCAGAAACUCAAUCCACUCGACAUCCGGACGGCGAAGGACUACAAGGGACUGCCUCCUAUACGGACGCAAAGUCUUCCGCCCAUCAAUCUGGGCACGUCUUUGUUGGCCAUCUCCCAGAGUGCUGUGGAGCAGAGUCAAGCCACGAGGCCGAUGGUCAACCACUUUGCACACCGCUCUCAGAAAAGCAAGAGUGAGCAUGACUUAUUUGACAGCAGGCCGAAGGGACAAGCGUUGGUUAGUCAUUCCUGGAAGACUGAGUCCAAUCAGUCCAUUUUGGCCCACAAAUCCUGGAUAUCACCCCCAACAGAAAGGCUGUUGGACAAACUGUACCAUGAGACUUAUGGACCUACUGAUGUCCUCUGCCCACACCAAGCCCCAUACAUACAGAAGAAUGAACAAGCUCCAAAUACACACCUGCUAACUCUGGACAGGUUAAACAUGAGGGAGACUGCCCUAACACGGAACUGCUUGGCCCCCAUUCGUGACCACUGUACCCACCGGUUCUCCUUGCCACCAGACCAAGUCUCUAAAGGGGUGAAGAAGUCCAAGUCCCUGCCUCUCAACACCCUGGGUCGGGGACAAGGGGGUCUCCCGCCGCCACUGACCUCCAAGUCCCAGAGGCCAGGGAUCCCCCAAAGCCCGUCCUUGUGCUCCUUCCUGCCCAUGCUGAAUGGAGACCCUCUGAGGAGCGUGCAGGUGCUCCCUGCCAUCCCAUCCCAGAGGAAAUACAGCCACACUGUGGGCCAACCCAAAAUGGACACCCUCAGUAAACUGGACAACAGAACCUGAUGCAACCGCAUUGCUCAUUGGAGGCUUGGGGAGAUAUGUGGUGGAGUGGACCUGAUCGGAACUGGACUUGGCUGUGUUAGCUAACAGCAGGCUAUUUUCUGUGGAAUUUUGUCAGGUCUGAAUGAAAUUUGUCCCUAAGUAUAAAAAAUGUAUUUAAAAAAUUGUCCCUGAGUGUAAAAACUGACUAAACUCAUCAAGAGGAACUCUACUGUACGCCA